AUGGCGAGCAGUCCUCCCGGAAGUGCGACCUCACCGCCUCCAGGUGGCCCACAACUCGCUCUCCCCAAGAAGCGCCCGUCCAUCAGCGUGCCCGGCCAGGCGCCGUCGUACAAGCGUCGCAAAGCAUCCAAUGCCUCCAGUUCAACACAUCCUCUGCGCCAAACUUCCUUCCCUCCCCCGGAUCGGCCAGGAAGAGAAUACAGCCCCGACGCACAAGCCGCCUACUCGCCCGCCUCGCGCCGUAGCGAUAGUCUCGACAUCGACGAUGAGAUCAACAGCGUAGUCAGCGGCCGCACUGGCACCGGAAGCAACAAGAAAGAGCGCCCGGCCAAGGGCAAGAAGGUUGGCAAAGUUGGACGCCCUCCGAAGAACCGCGGCGACACGGCCAGUCUGAUUGACGGCGACGGCCGCAAGGGUACCUCGACAAAUAUUGGUAAUAACGACGAUGGCCCAGGUGACGAUGCCAACAGCGACGACGAAGAAGACGGAGGAGACGAUGUCAACACGCUGGAAGGAGGCAAGCUCACCAAGGCUGCCAUGGACGCAGAGAAAGAGCGCAAGGCCAUGUUUAGCACCCAUAUCCACCCCGCUCACGCCGAGAUCUACGAAACGUGGAACCGCAUACAUCUGAAGAAAGAAGUCGUCCGUCGUCUCGCCAACCAGACCCUGUCACAGUCCGUCCCCGCCAGCGUCGUGACGACCAUAAAUUCAUACACCAAGGUCUUCGUCGGAGAGAUUGUUGAUCGCGCACGGGAAGUUCAGAAAGAGUGGAUUGCUGCCGCUGAGAAGUUACCCACAGGCGACAAGAACGAGGAGGCCUUUGGCAAGGACGCUGAGGGUGAGCCAAAGGUCAGAGAACGCGACAGGGGCCCCUUGCUGCCAGAUCAUCUGCGCGAAGCUCUCAGAAGGUACAAGCAUGAUAGAUCUGGUGGCACCGUGGGUUUCACUGGCAUCAGUCUGGAAGGCAGGGAAUCGGCUGCUGUUAGAAACGGCGGCAGAAAACUGUUCAGAUGA